AUGGGCAUCCGUGAUGUCUUCUCGUUCCUUACGUCCAGUAAAGGCAACUCAAAGCGUGAUGGGUCGUCCUUUGCAUCAGCCUCCACCACCUCACCCGCUUCUCCAACUCCCAACACCUUCUCGCACCACCGGCAUAAUACCGACCCUUUUCCCCGAGGCGCAGUCCACUCGCCUACUGCCGCAGAUUCUGCGUCACAUAGAUUAAGAAAAUCAGACCGGAUGGGUUCAAGGCCAGUUUCCGCUCAUCCGCAACCGCAAUUGCCCAUCAUGGACGCGAUACCCGAAGCCAUCCCAGAGCUAGAGCCUGUUUUGAACUAUCUGAGCAGUCAGGCAAACAAGCUCUACCAGGAGGGCUAUUUUUUAAAACUAAACGAUUUAGAUACCAAUGGUCGAUCGUUUCAAGAUAGGCAAUGGGUGGAUUGCUUUGCUCAAUUAGUUGGCACUGUCCUUUCGAUAUGGGACUCAGAAGCGCUGGACGCAGCUGGUCCUGAGGGAAAUGCGACACCUAGCUUCAUCAACCUGGCUGAUGCUUCAAUCAAAAUGAUUGAAACCCUGCCCACGCGGAAUGAAGGCAGCAAGCCUCUCCAAAAUAUUCUUAGCAUAUCGACUGCUGGAAAGAACCGAUAUCUCCUCCAUUUCUCGUCGCUACAUUCACUGACUCAGUGGACUGCCGCUAUCCGCAUAGCAAUGUUUGAAAAUACUAUAUUGCAAGAAUCCUAUACUGGCGCGCUUAUCGCAGGCAAGGGGAAAACUCUGAAUGGUAUUAAGAAUAUCCUAGGAAAAACGAAAUUCGUGUAUGAAGACUGGGCGCGUGUCAGGUUUGGUCCCGGAACCCCUUGGAGACGAUGCUGGUGUGUGAUUUCACCGCCUGAUGAAAAGGAGUUUCAAAGAUUGAAAAAGGAGCAGAAGAGGAAGUCAGUGUAUGAACGGAGCGCUCCUUCAUUGAAGGGAAACAUUAAAUUCUACGAAACCAAAAAGACCAAAAAGGUCAACCCUAUCGCUACCGUAACGGAUGCAUUCUCCGCAUUUGCCAUUUACCCACAAUCUCGACCGUUAAUUGACCAAUCCACGCUGGUUAAGGUAGAAGGUCGAAUAACGAUGCACAGCAAAGUUGAAUCAACUACAGACGGAUUUAUUUUUGUUCUGCCUGAGUUACAUCCCGCGAUAUCUGGUUUCGAAAUGAUGCUUCGUUGGUUGUUUCCGGUUUUUGAUACGUUUGGUCUCUACGGCCGACCCACAAAACUUAUUGCAGAUACCCAGAAUACUCACAGUAUAAUGUUUGCGCUUCCCUACGCCGACGUACUACCCAGAUAUCUUGAUAUUCUCGAUGUGGCUGCCCUGAUACUACUGUAG